AUGUCUUCGACUGCGCAACAAUCAAGAACUCAAUCUGUUACCUAUGAGGAAUCUCUCACCUUGAUGAGGAAUUUAAUGCGAACAGCCAUCUCCUCCGUUUGCUAUUUGAGAAAUAUAUUCCCCGAGGAUUGCUUUCAAGAUAAAAGCCUUAGUGGUAUCAAUAUCAAGUCUCUUCAGCCGGCCAAUGAUGAGGCUCGAACUUUGAUUGAUUGGCUUGAGAAGGGAGUAUUUGAAGCACUCAAGAAAAAGUAUUUGAGAGUCAUUAUAUUUGGUGUUUGUUCUGAUCCCUCUAACGAGAUGGAAAGUAUGAUUGAAAGUUAUGAGUUCAAGAUCACGUAUCCAGACAGAGAGGGAGCUCAGGUCAAUGUUUCAAGAGUAGAAAACAACCAGACCAAUAAGAAAGUGGGAAUUAAGUGUGGUCAAACAAAGCAAGAAAUUACUCAAUCAAUGAUCAUGAUGCUGAGGACUCUUAUUACUCUUGCUCAGACGCUUCAACCAAUUCCUGAAACAAGAUACAUCACCAUGAAGCUGUUAUAUUAUGAGGACAUCACUCCUGCUGAUUAUGAACCAGCCUUUUUCAGAGCUUUGCGAGAGGAAGAAUCAAAACAAUUCAACAAGGACUUUGUAAAGCUUAAAAUUGGUCAGGUUGAAACCCAAUAUCACAGUUUGAAUAUUAGAGUAAGGACCAUGUCAGAAAAUUUUGAAUGUGACGCUGAAGGCAAAAACGAAACAACAAGCAAUGAAGAAUCACAUAACGUUGCAUCCUUCCCUCUUGAGAAGAACCAUGACUCAACACCUACUGCCUCUCAAUGGACCGUUCGUGUUCAGGAACAGAAAAAAGCGGACCAGGUGAUGUCGGUAUCAAAAAGCGAACAAGCUCGUGAUGACAAUGAAAGCGAUGCCACUCAACUUUCACAGGAGGAAUUGGCUUCCAACAACGCUGAUGAAGAAAUGAAAAAGUUAAGUAAGGAAAUAGAGAGAGUUGGCCUCUUUUCUUUCACCACAAAGGAUGUGAAAACUAUGUUUUCAAAGAUAUCUGCCUUAAGGAAUGAAGAUAUUAUUGCUUUUAUUGAAAAGAAACGAAAAGAUGCUGUCAAAGAAAUGGAAGAUCAGGAGAGGUCUUAUGUGAAAGCACUUGCCUUUGUUCUGUCAGAAGAAUACAUCACUGUCAGUGCUUUAUCAUCUGAGGUUGGAAUUAGCACUUACCUAGCCACAAAGUUGUUAACAAGAAUGGAAAAGGAGAACUAUGUAAAGGCAGCAAGCAACAAGAGAAAAGGUAAGAAAGUUAUUCCUCAUGAAGGAAAGCUAAAGGAGGUAAUGGAAAUGUUGAGCUACAUUAACAACGAAAUCAAAGAUUCAACGAAAGAAGCGACCCAUUCCAACACAAAGAACAAGUUACCAGCUCAAAAAGAACCAAACUCUGAUAGCGAGCAAGAGGAAGAAGAUUUAACAGCAAAGAACGGCAAGAAGAAGAGCAUCACUCCCUUAGAUAGGAUGUCCAAAAAACAAGAAGAAGUAAGGAAGAACUCAGAAGAUCUUCCAAAAACAACUGGAGUGAAAAGAAAGACCAUUUCUCAGUUUGAAGUGAGCUAUAGUCAAGACGGUCUUUGCCAACAUCCACAAGCUUCUUUCAAUAUGGAAGAAUAUAGUCAGAGAGCUCUUCCCAACCACAACAAAGUUAGUACCGUUGUUGAACCAAUUCAACAAAAGAAGAGAAAAUUUUACAGAGAUCCCAAAAAGCUUUCCUCCAUGUGA